UGGAACUUGGGAGAUGGUCGAUUGAAAAAAAAAAUUUAGCAUAAUAAUACACCUAAUAUCUACCUACUACAAAUUUAUUAUUGAAAUUUUAUUUAAAAACUUACAUACCUACUGGCUUCUUCCAUUAUAGUUUAGUUGAUUAAGUAUUAUUAUUAUUCCGUUUGAAUGAAUACAUUUUAUUAUCGAUUGUAAAUAAGAUGUUCUAAUCAUCCAAUAAAAUGGCUUCUGAGAUGGGACCAAAGCAUUGUGGACGGUCAGUACGCAUCUUAUUGGUAGGCGAUCAAGAUGUUGGUAAGACUUCCAUUAUUUUGUCUCUUGUAAAUGAAGAAUUUUUAGACGAAGUACCAGAACGUGCGGAAACCAUUACGAUUCCGGCCGAAGUCACCCCAGAACUGGUGCCAACUGACAUUAUUGACUAUAAUGAAAAUGAACAAGACAAUGAAGAUUUAGCUGAGCAAGUUCGUCAUGCAGAUGUUAUUUGCUUGGUUUUUUCAGUUAUCGACGAUGUCAGUCGAGAGAACAUUAGAAGCAAAUGGAUGCCGUUAUUGAGAGAAUGUCAAGUAGACAGUGAAAUGUUGCAUCCUGUCAUAUUAGUUGGCAAUAAAAGUGAUCUCAUCAAUAAUAUCUCGAUGCACGUUAUCGAAGAAGUAUUAUAUGAAUAUCCAGAAAUAGAAACAUACGUUCAGUGUUCAGCUAAAUUGUUGAUGAAUAUUAGUGAAAUGUUUUGUUACGCACAAACAGCAAUUCUACAUCCUACCGCACCGUUAUAUUGUGUCGAAGAAAAAAUUCUUACCGAGAAAUGUCAGAAAGCUCUUUGUAGAAUAUUCAAGAUAUGUGAUAUAGACAAUGAUGGUCUGCUCAACGAUGAUGAAUUAAAUAAUUUCCAACGACAUUGUUUCGACUGUCAUUUGCCCGUACAGCAGUUAAACGGUAUCAAGACCAUAAUAAAUAUGAACUGUGAACAUGGAAUUUCGCCAUCAAAUUGUGUUACAUUAGAUGGUUUCUUGUUCCUACAUAUGCUGUUUAUCCUCAAAGGGAAAGCCCAGACUACUUGGACAGUGAUUAGAAAGUUUGGCUAUAACGAUAAUCUAGAUUUUACCUAUAGCUAUUUACAUCCAACGCUAAAAGUUGAUAAAUAUUGUACCGUUGAAUUAUCGCACAAAGGUGAACAAUAUUUGUCACAUUUGUUUGAGACGCACGACAAGGACAAGGACGAUUGUUUGAGCCCAGUAGAGUUGAAAUCAUUGUUUUCUAUUUGUAUUGAUGAACCACAUUUGUUGGGCAAGUGUCUCUACAACACUAAUCAGAAAGGAUGGAUUACAUCACAAGGAUGGUUGUCGUUCUGGUCUUAUUGCACUCUAGUCGAGGCCGACACCACGAUGGCAUACUUGGCUAUGCUAGGCUAUAGUAUGAAAUUGGAGAACCAACUUUCCGGAGUACAAGUGACCAGAAGCAAGAAAAUCGAUUUGCAAAAGAAACAAUCUCAAAGGUCUGUUUACAUUUGCCACGUGAUCGGAAGCAAAGGAAGUGGCAAAACAAUGUUAUGUAAACGGCACGUUAAAGGCUCUCUUGCAAACGACAUGAUAAGCAAAAAUGAAGACGGUGAUCUUCCAGAUAUAACUUCUGUGAAUCGAGUUCAAGUAUACGGUCAUGAUAAAUAUUUAGUGAUGAAAGAAAUCAAGCCUUCAAGCGAAAGCCAUCUGACUAAGGAGGACGUUAAAUGCGAUGUUGCCUGUUUGGUGUUUAAUUCGUCGCAAAGCUGUUCUUUCGAAUAUGUUGCCCACGUUUACCUGAAAUACUAUCAAAACAGAAACAUCCCUGUACUCAUAGUGUCCAACGAUAAAGGUAGACCGAUCGUGAAACAGGAUUAUAUUUUGCAACCAGAUCAAUUUUGCAAACAGAACAAAUUAUCGACGCCUUCUGCAUUUACAGAAUCGAGUGAAGGCAAAAGACUGUACUCUAAUUUGGCCACAAUGGCUUCUCUACCACACAAAUACAAUCCACAUCAGUAUAGGCUGUUGCCAAAUUUACGCGAUUCCGUUGUAUGGAAAACUGGCAUCGGCAUAGCCAUGAUUGCGCUAUUUGGUAUUUUAGUCAGUAAAUGUUUGGUGAAAACGAAAAGAGAUCUUCUUAGUUAAUAACAAUCCAUUGAAUUGUAAAUGUUUUGUUAUAAUAAUUGUUUUAGACGUAUUUUAUUCCAAACUUAGCUUCUUCCCCCCCCCCCUCUUUAUUUGUUUUUAUUAUUAUUUUUAGAUUUUUUUUUUUUAUUUCCAUUUACUAGUGGUUUUGUACUUGUAUUCAUUUGAUUAUUAAGAAUAAAAAAAAAGCCUAGAUUAUAAUAUAUCUUAAUGUAUAAUGGAUUGACAAGAUAACCAAAUUUUAAAUAAUCAUAGUAAAUAAGAUAUGUUCAUUUUUGCGCGUGUAUGAUACAUAGUAUAUUUUACCAAACUUGUUUUAUCAACAUGAGGGUUUUUAAAUAGAUUAUCUUGGUGUAUAGGCGCUCCAUAGUAUAUUAUUAUGAAUGGUUAUUUUCAAAAUAAAUUAAUUACGUGUGGUUAUAAAGACAAUAACGUAAAAAACAUUCAGUUACGCUACACAAUUUUACUCUUGCCUUUAAAAAUAUGAAAUAAUAUUUUUGUGUUUAAUAUGUAAAAUGAUUAACAGUAAUACUUAUAAAAAAAAACGGUUGAUAUUUUAAUCGGUCUGAAUAAAUAGUGUCAAUAUAGUAAAAGUAAAUUACCAUAAUUUGUUUAUCCAAUAGUGAUUACAAUUUACAGAGUACUUUUUUGUUUUGUUAUAAUAUAAUAUAGUUGAUGAAAUAUUUAAAACUCGUGUAAAUGUGAAAAUAUGGAAAAUUAAAAUAUAACAUUAUAUUGUAAGGCAAAAUGUGCCAACAUACAAAAUUAUACCAAAUAUUAAAAUAUAUUUAGGUACUAAGUAUAUUAUUAGAACAAUAUGGAUUUUAUUUAAUUGUUUUUAAAUAUUUUUGACAAAAAAUAUGCAUAUUAGGCAGCUGUAAAGUAUUUGAGUAUAAGUAUUAAAAUCACUAUUUAAGUAGUUUCGACUUGUAUCAAAUUCAUUUUUAUAAAUGUAUUUCAAAUACAUUUUAAAGUUCUAUAAAUGUACUAUUUUAGUAAGUAUAUAUAGACCUAACGUAACCAAAUCAAAUUUUGGUAAAAAACGUUUUAAAUCUAAAAUACUAUGGACCGAGUACCUAAAACGGAGCCUGUGUAACAAACAUUUUGGUGUUUUGAACUAUUCAAACGUCGUUUUGGGACCAUAAUAAUUUCUUGUGAACCAGAUCAAAAUUAUUAUAUUUUAUUUAAAUUAAAAAAAAAAUAUAAACAUAUAAUAGGCAAUUAUUAAUGUUAUAAUUGUGUAUCACAAAACGUCAGUAGAAAAAUUAUUCACAAUAAAACACAAUAUUAUAUAGUUUGUAAAAAAGUACAAUUUUUUUUUUGUGUUUUUAUUUAAACAGUAGUAAUAAUUUUUAUCGUCUAAACAUGAUUUCUAAAAAAAAAAAAAUGUAAUAACUAUAAAUUUAUUUUUUAAGUAGCAAAUCGUUUGACUUAAUCAUAUAUAUAUGUAUAAAUUGUCUUAUUAUAAUAAUAAAAUUAUAUUGUAAUAACGCUAAACUUAUGAACAAAUACUAUAUACAUGUCUUCCGCGCAAAAUUUAUCUGGGUGUUCGAGAGGCAGAAGAAUUUUUCAAGGCAACAAAUUAAAUAAAGAGAGCAAAUUUAUUGUGAAAUAUUGUAUUUGUUUUUUUUUUCAAAUGUUCACUUCUGCCUGUUAAACGACUCAGAUAAAAUUCGGUAAAUAUAAUAAAAUUGUCAUGGAGCCCAUGAGCAUUGGAUUGGGCUUGAUUUAAACGAAACUGUUGGUAGGUAAAAAAAAAAAGCAAUAAGAUUUGUUAAAAAAUAUUUUCG